GUAUGAAAAAUGUAGAUAUGACAGAAGACAAAUAUUUUCAUUCGAUUGCCUAUCUCGAUAACUUUGUACGCCAUGCUCGACUAGUUGUUCAAGAGCGGUACCAAGUAGGAUUACGUGUUUUCUUAUUCUUUCGAGCCACGUCAAAAGACGUCAAAUUCAAAAAAAUGGUUGAAAUUGAGUCAAUGACGAGAUACGUUUCGCCGGUGAAUCCAGCUGUUUUUCCGCUACUGGCAGUGGUACUGUUAGGCAUUGGAAUAUUUUUCACAGCUUGGUUCUUUGUAUACGAAGUUACGAGCACUAAAUUCACACGAGAUAUAUUCAAGGAGCUCUUAAUAUCCUUGGUCGCAGCGAUAUUCUCUGGCUUUGGAGUGUUAUUUCUGUUACUCUGGGUUGGCAUUUACGUAUAGCUAUAGCUUAAGUUAAUUGAUUGGAAAUAAUAAAUUACUUGAUAUGAUACUCAAGUAAGCUGAGAAAAAAGAUUCUAUUUGUAAGAUUUUAUCAUCGUUGUUUAAAUAAACACAACCAUGAAUAUUU